AUCAAUAAGUAAAAAACAAUAAACAAAAUGAGUGAACAAUUAAUUGGACAACAAUUAUCAUUAAUAUCAUUGGAUCAAAUCAAACAGGACGUCCAAAAUCUAACAAUCAAUGAUCACUGCCGUAUCACUGAUAGUAGUAGUACUACUAGUAGUAAUAGUCACCAAUUGGUCCAACAAAUCAAACAAGAGUUUCAAGAUUUGACUAUUAAUGAUACAACUAAUGAAAGUACAUUAAUAUCGACGCUUAGUUGGCAACAAUUGGUCGCCAAUUAUCUUAUAUCUCAAACGGAUCUACCAUUUGGUUGGACACCGAUAGACAAUCUUCAUGUCUAUUGUCAACAGAUUGCCUGUUCGUUCACAUCAAACACUACUCUGAUUGCCGAUUGUCUUAAAUGGUCAAAACUAUUGCUAACAUUAUGCCAAUUGAAAGUACAAUUCAUUGAGAUAUGGGAUCCAAAACUAUCGGUACAAUUAGCCGAACGUCGGUCACAACGAUGCGCCCAAAAAGUACGGCAAAUGAUCGAUCAGUACAGACUGAUUGGCCAUAUGUGCGAACCGAUGGCCAGAAAUCGUAUAAAUAUAUUGAUAGAUAAAACUCGUUUCGUUGUCGACGAUGUCUGCAAACUGAUUGGCGUAUCAUUGGUGCCGACAGUUGGCGGUCAACGCUAUCGACGAUUACUAGACGUACGACAAGAGAUGCAAUUGAAUUACCAAUUGAUUCAACAAAAUGAACAACAAUUACAACAACAACAACAUUGA